AGAUCCCUCCCCGGCCCUCCAAUUGGUCUGCCUUCAUCGUCAAUUUGUCAUUCCUUUCAGUUUAGUAACGUUUUUUCUUCUUCAUUCUUCGAUCAGCUCAUCGUGUUCCCUGUAUCACGAGUGUUGUUUUUUUUGCUUGUUUUUCCGAUCAACGACGUGUUUUUUCUAUUCUCCCUCUCCUGUGCAUAUCAGCUCUUUGCUCUCUCCCACACAUGUUUUUUUUUUCUCUUUCUCUCGUCUUGUAAUAAAUGUUUUCCGGCCCCUUACUUGCGCUUGAUAUAAGGAGGAAGAAAACAAGUGGACCACAGGGCAGAUGUAUGUAUCUGUCAGAAGCCUCUGCCAGUGCAGAUGAGGUCCAGGUUGAACGACGGAAGGUGUCCGCAUCAUCAUUUCGGUUUCUUCUAUAUAUAUAUAUAUAUAUGGAUAGGGCUCAUUUGAGAGGGACAGCAGAUACAUGAAAUGACUCUCGACAAGUAGCGGUUGCAACGGCUGCAUGGCCAAGUCAACAUUUUUAUACACACACACGUACAUCCAUGUCUUAAAGGCAAAGAGGACAGCGAAGGAUUGUAAGAAACAAAAAGCCAUGCGUAGGUAAUGCACCGCACCCUCUAUAGUGGUCAAAUUCGAGCCGUAAGAGGGCAACAGCGAACCGCGUUUUCCACCGCUGCUCUUACCAUCACUGUCACUUUCAAUGGCAGAAUUCGUCGUGUACGCGUGAAGUAUUUCGCGGCUAUUGAAGGAGCCUCUCAACUCCCCUUUAUUACCACUAUGUGCAGACACUGCUAACGAUUUGAACGGCUGAGUCGAAUUCUCGUGUUCUGCAACAACAGUUGCCCCAGCGACGUUCCACUCUCUCUCUCUCUCUUCCUCUGUUUCCCUCCUUUUACCUCCUUGCCACUCCGUGUGUUCAUCACCGUCCUUCUUGUGGUGCGUUCAAGGACACGGAAUUUUUUUUCUUUGCGUCAGAGCUGCUCCGCGCUCGAGUUUUCAGUUAUAGAAGGGCAGACAUUGCUUCUCUUUACCUCACAGUUGUGUGCGUCAACAGGAAGCGAAACGCCUUGCUUCGCUGUUGCUGCUGCAGCUGGAGAGGAGCUGGAUGUGGUGGUGAUACACAGAAGGGGACGUCGCUAAGAAAAAGCCGUUGGAGAGGGUGAAGGAGUGUUUCUCUUGUUUUCUUUUUCCUUUCAUUGCUUUCCUUCUUGCCGAUAUCGUUGUCUACGCGUAUUGACGUCACAGCCACAGCCACAGCAUAAAACCUACGCCGCAAAGCCUCAUAUUCUUCUACCUUCCGCCCCUACAUGGUUUGUAUCGUCGUCAGCCUGUCAGUUUCUCCUGUUGUAUAGCGGGCAAUGGGCAACACGGUGACCAGAAGCACAAUCGUCGUUCGCGGACGUGGAGACGACCGUCCGAGGCCGGCGAAGCAGCGUGCCAAGCAGCAUCGUCAUCCGUCACCGGCCACUACCAGCGGAAGCACUGCGUCGCCUCAGGCUCAUCGACGCAAGAGAAGUGAAAAACACCGCAACAACUCAGCAGCUACACAGCCAACUGAAGCCGUUCCUGCGCAGCUGAAACCGCGAGACGGCUCCCUCCCCGCUGACGACACGUUCUCCUUCCCCGUAACGGACCUUGCGGCGAAGGAGGCGACACGUCCCAAUGAACAGGCUUCACCUGCGUCGAUUCUCGGCGAGAGCUGCGUGGCGGGCUACUCACCGUUUGACUCGCCCAUCACGCAGCAGCACAACACGCGUGGCCCAGACGAAGCGAGCACGGAGCCGAUAACGAAGAAGUUUCCAGCUGUCAACACGAACGUCGUUGUGCUAGAAACGCAUACCUCUUCGCACACGAGAAAGGCCGGCGCGACCCAUCCACACACCGACUCCCUUUUGCUCAGUGCAAAUGACGGAGAGGGGGACCAAUGGCCGUACCCCAUCUACAUGGGGCAUGGGGACAUCGAACCGCAGAUGCAGAUCACGAGACCUACCGCGCAAGGCCAUGAUGCCGUGAAGCUCAUCGAACCGAAAACCGCUGCUGACGACCUAACGCAUCAAACGCAGCAGCCAGAACAGCAGCAGUUACCUGAAAGUAUGGAUCGUACCACGAUGGCAGGAGGAAGGAAAGGAACAUCCGCUGCGAUGCUUCCGUUCUCUGCGGUAGCGUGGCGGACACCACCCGCCCCACCGUUACCGUCCUCGCAGCCUCAUGACCAUCACACACAACAACAACCACCGGAGUCGUCGCCCGCACCCCUCUCCACCGUUGUUGCAGUCCCGGCAUCAGCCAUUGAGGUCGCUGCCCGCCCCCCGCCUUCUCCUGCUGCUGUUGAUGCGAACAGCGCCAUCCGAAAGGCUCGUCAAACAACGCCUGUUAGUCCACAGAGCAGCGCUGGUGGGGACGCGCAUGGGCACCGCAAGCGCGUGCUGAGGCAGCCGCAUGUGACGGAGGAGCAGCGUCCACCAAGCUCUCCCAGGAGUAUCGGUGGCUCACUGGAGCUACGAGAGGACCGGGAGCCUCCGCCUCCGAUCGUCUCCACGUCUCACCGUGCUGCAGCGCAAUUCGAAGAAGAAUUCGACCUCGUCGCCUCGCGCUCCUCUGCCCCACCUCCGGCCACGUCACCGCUACGGCCGACAAAGGAAUCUGGUCCGGAGGAUGCCGCGACCGCAGUGAAGGGGGAGUCCAACGCUCCUCGGACACCUCCUCGUAGUGUGGCUUCGGCGACCCACCGCACGACCGAUCGCUCUCUUGUGGCCUCAGCGGCGAACUGGAUAUUUGAGUACAGCGCCACCCCGCGUGACAAGAUACAGAGCUAUGGCAGUUUCAUGUCCGACUGCCGUGAAGAUAUGAACCCCCCUACUUCAACGGUGUCCGCUGUGUUUGAUGCGCGAGCCACCUCGGUAGCUCCUACGGUGGAAGUGCAACCGGCAACGUCGCAGGCACCGUCAAGCGCAAAACCACGCACUCCUCCCGCGGACGUACCCUACUUCUCCAUGGUGAGAGAUGGGCGGCGAAAAGACGAGUCGGAGUCGCAGGGGACGGAGCGGAAGAAAGCCGUGGCAAAGGAGCGGCCGGCAGGCAGCAUCCUUGAUACCUCGCUGAUAAAGUCCACCCCUCCCCCGCAAGAGGAGGAGGAGGAGGGGAAAGGCAGUGCGGUCCCACGGCGCUCGCCGAUGCACUCGCCGACGGAGCUCUUUCUCCCCUCGACGCACAACCUGCGUCCGCGGCAGUGGCAGUACACCAGCAUCCUUCACAAGAAGAUCCAGCAAAAGGCGCAGGAGAAGAAGAAGUCGCAGCUGUCGUCGCAGCGCAAACCGACAGCCGCGCCACCGCCCCUCUCCGAUGUAGCGUCUCCGCCUCUAUCUCGCGCGCCGAACGGCGGGCAGCGGCAGAAUGCUGCGGUGAAGUUCUCGGUGACGGAGGACGAGGAAGAAGAAAAAGACGUGUACACGAACAGCUACUUCCUCCACAGCUCCUCGAUCGUCAUUCCGCGCUCCACCAGAGCCGCUCUACGUCCUUCGACGAAGCCCAGGACAGACGCGCCAGAGGAGGUAACGCCAGCUGGGGUGCUACCAACAUCUGAUCCCGCUCUCGCAGGGGUGCGGGUCGCAGAAACCAAGAACACCGAGGCAAGGACGCAAGGCGAAGAUGCAGCGCAAUAUCCCACAACCACACAAGCAUCGCGAGUAGCGGUUGCGAAGGGAGAUGUAGGCAACGAUAGGAGCGGAAAACGAGAGGAACAGGCGUUGAAUCGCAUGAGCUUGCUGCUCUCCAUGGACGACUCCGUCUUCACCGACAACGGCUACCCCCUCCUCGAUGCACACCUCAGCGACUUCUACAAGGACAACGGGUCCUCCAUGGGCAUGAGCAGCGACAUCUCUCUCAGCACCACGAUAGAUGGGUCACAUGAUCGCAUCGAGCCCACCUCCACCGUGAUCGAUGGGCGACGCGUCUUUCAGGGGGUGGGCUACGCCAACAAACCAGUGAGCAGCGCCGCCGCCCUCGACCACCACCCUUCACCAACGAAGCGAGUGUCGCUCGCCUCAGCAGAGAACACAAAGGAGGAGAGCAUGUCAUCCAUGAUGACAAUCGCGAAGCACCCGCUGGUGCGUCCACGCCGCUGGGCCGGGGCGAUGCCGAACUCACCGGCGACGCGCCAGAAGCUCCUGCACGAGCAGCAGCGUCGGCUUCUGCGUGAGCAGCAAAUGUACGUGCGACAACUGCGCACGAGCGAGUCGCCGCUGAAGCCUUUUCAGCCACCGCAGAUGCCCCGAUUCCUCACGAGUACGUCACCGCACCACCGCCUUCACAACGCGCCGGCCCCGUCGACGCCGAACAUCGUCAACACACUGACACGUUGGCGGCAGCAGCAGCAGCAGCAGCAACGACAGAUACCGCCGCCUCUGCCGACGCCUCAAAGUCGCACCGAGCUAGCCAGCGCCUUCUUCACUGGAGAAAAGUCGCAACUCCACGUUCCGCAUUGCGGCACGACGAGUCAGGCGAUGCCGCAGCCGGACAUCAAAUUCGGCGCAUUUGUCGCCACGGAUAAGUCUCGCAACAUCGACUUCAAGGCAGCCCUUGGGUUUGGUCUGGAGGAUGUCCCGGCGAUCCGCUCGCCGAGUUGGGACGCGCUGCCGCUGCCCGCACCUGACGAGAACUCGGAAGAGUUGUGA